CUUCACCUGCGCAGAGACACUGUGGAUGGACAGGACAGGACAGGACAGGACAGAUGGAGACCGGAGACAAGAGAAGACACCUGAAAUGUGACGUCAAUAUCGUCCAGGUGGAAGGGGGCGGAGUCAGGCGCACUGUCAGAGGAGUCCUGAGCAGGUCAGCAGGGCUGUCUCAUCGCUUCACCUGGAGGAGGGUCAAAGGUCACAUGGUGGAGGGUGGGUGGAGUCUUGUGGGCUUUGUGUCGGGGCUGUUGUUAGCAUGUGUGUACGGUGUCAUGGCCGCGUUUGUGCAGCAGCAGUCUCUGUGGGUCAGUGUCCACAGCAGCCUGAUGGUGGCGCUGCCCGCCUCCUUCAGUAUGGGCCUGUCCGCCACAGUCAGGGCCGUCGUCACGGUGAUGCUGCCGUCGCUGUGCUCGGCUCGCGGCAGACACUUCCUGCUCUUCCUGUUUGUGUCGUUGCUGGUGUCUGGACCCAUCGCAAACGUGUUAGAAAACACGGAGCGAGCCGCCGCCAGCCUGCUGUGUGGAGCGGAGCUGACAGCCAAUCAGACGCAAGAACUCAUGCAGAGAUCAGCCACGCCCCUCUUCUCUGCGUUGGACAGAAUCAGAGAAAUCUCUUCUAACGUUUAUUCUGUGGUGAACAGAGUUCAAAAUCUCAUCUUUGCUCUCACUGACGGCGUCCGACAUGUUGCUCGUAUCCUGAGGAACGUCCUCCACUUCCUGGCGGACAUUGGAGACGUGUGUAACGAGAAAGUGGGUUCUCCGUACAGGAAGUGCCGCAGACUUUUCACCGAGGCUCAGAGCGACUGCAGCCACCUGCUGGGAGACUUCAACUUCCUGUGUGACAUCAUCAGGGCCUUCAUGCCGCUGUGCGACAUCGCCUAUGUUGGAGACCUCUUCUGUCUCAUCCCAUCCUACGUGGCUAGAGUCCUGAGGACACGCCUGGCAACUCCCGUGGUUGCAGCGUUCGAGCGAAUGAAGCGCCAGUUUGAGUUCAACAUCUCGGCUUCAGUGACCUUUGACCUGGACGCCGACAGCAGCCGCAGUCCUCAGCAGAUGACGCAGGACAUCAUGGCGGAGAUUUCCUCUGACCUGCAGCUGUUUCACAGACUGAGCGAGCCGUUAAAAUACGCCGGCCUCGUUCUGCUCGCCCUCGCCUUCUACAGGGCAGCGCAGUACAGACGUCAGUAUCUCCGCGACCUUGACUUUGACAAUAUCUACAUCACCGCUCAGUUUAAAGAGCUCGACCAGCAGGUGACCUCAGAGGGCGGAGCCACAGCUCUGCCAGUCACACGCAGAGAAGCCAAGACCUACAUCUCACCACUGUCGUUGUCUCUGUCAAGUAACGAGCAGCGGGCUGUGUUGGUGGGUGUGGUCUCGGUCUUCAAACACUUGGUGGUGGGCAGCCUGAUUGUGGCACUGGACUUCCUGGUUUUCUGGGUCCUGGAUCAAGUGCGCCACCUGGUGACGGAGGACGUGGUGGCCCGAGCUCCGGUCACCGUGGCGAUGCAGGUGAGUGGUUCCGGGUUUGCCUCGGACAUCUUUAGAGACCUGGUGUCCUCAUUUAACGUCCUACAGCAAGGGAACAUCACAGUGAUCAGCAGGAAGUGUCUGCUGCAGCCGUCAGAGCCCGACCACAACACCUGCCUCCUCCUGGGUUUUCUGCUGGGUCAGGCUCUGCUCGUCUCUCUGAUUGGAGGAUUUGUUCAGCGCUGCCCACGACUCAUCUGUGCUUCAUAUUAUCCACACAGAGAACAGGAGAGGAUUCAGUUCCUCCAUCAGCAGAUUCUGGCUCAGAGGAAGGUUGAGGGGGCGGCGCUGAGGAGGUGUGCGGUCAGGAGCCUGGCUGACCGAGGAGGAGGAGCAGGAAGAGGGAGGAGUCUUCUUCAAACCCUUCUACUAUGGUCACCUGGAGGAGGAGUUUACUUGUCCCGCCUCCUAGGGGUGACAUCACCACUCACCUGUCUGAGCUGUGGAGAAGAGCUGAAGUCCAAGGACACGGUCAACGCGGUCAAGUGUGAUGUCCCACAGUGUCCAGGACUGUUCUGUCGGCCAUGUUUUGACAGUUUGGGAAACAUGUGUGUUGUCUGUACUCGACCUUUGACCUUCCAAGAAGACGACGAGGAGGAGCUAGACUCCAGUGAUGACGAGCAGCUCGUUCUGUGGUCGGCGGCGCUGAGGUCAAACCACAUCAACAACCCGCGCGCCCUGGCAACACCGAGCAGACCCAGACCCAGUGAGCCCUCAGAUAGAGGAGUCAGGGUGGAGCUCAGUGAAGUAGACCAGGACCAGGACCAGACCACUUCUGAAGAUUCCCACAGCAACGGAUCCUUCUACUCUAUCUACUCCCCAAGAUCCAGCAGGCACCAGGAGGAGGCGCUGCUCACAGUCAUCGUACAGAGACCAGACUGUCCCCAAACCCUUCAGGACCGAGUCCAGGAGUCAGUCUAGAUCCCAGUCCAGGAUCCAGUCCAGGAGUCAGUCUAGAUCCCAGUCCAGGAUCCAGUCCAGGAUCCAGUCCAGGAUCAGUAAAUCAUGUUUAAUUUGGUGAUAAAGUUGUCGGAGAAUCAAAUGAAAGACAGAAACAGGUGAAGCAUCAGAUCCGUGUGAAGGGUCAAAGGUCAUCACCCUAACAACGUGAAUGUGAUGGUCAGCCAGCAAUAGGCGACCUUUGACCUUUUCUGAUGUGAAGCCAUAGUUACACAGUUGACAUCAUGAAAGGGAAUAAAAAAAUAUUUGAUCUGC